UAUACUACAAGCUACUUAGCGAAACCUUCCUUCUUUUCGGCUGCCAAGCGCUUGUCGCGCUUGGCCAUCAAGAAAUCGAAGUCGUCCCUCCCGAUGACGCGCUUCUCGCCCUUGAUGAGUUUGUGGAUCAGCGGGAUCGCCAUGCCGCUCACCGAGAAGGCCGCGACUAUAAUCACGACGCCGGGCGCCGUCUGCCAGGGCAUGGUUCCUCGGUCAAAUUGCGCCGCGGCGACUGCGUCUGAGCGCGGGGCGACUCGUCUGAGAUCGGUUCGUGCCGCGCGGUUUCGCGGCGACAGCGAGGUCGGUCCGACGGCACGGGCGGCUGCGGGCGGUCUCGGGCGCCGACAGCGACGUGCGGCUGGUGCAAGGGACUGUGUGGAGGCCCUGGGAAGGCGCUCCGCACGGUUUUCGCAGCAACGCUGGAUCAGGGUUAUUGCCAAAACACUCUGUCGUCGCUGA